GUAGGUCUUUGGCCAUGAACCCCAUCCAGAGACCUGAGAUGUACAUCAUCGGCGCUCAGCCGGUGUGCAGCCAGCUGCCGGGGCUCUCCCCUGGCCAGCGCAAGCUCUGCCAGCUCUACCAGGAACACAUGGUGUUCAUCGGGGAAGGGGCCCGCAGUGCCAUCAAAGAGUGCCAGUACCAGUUUCGGCAGCGGCGGUGGAACUGCAGCACGGUGGACAACACCUCUGUCUUUGGGCGGGUCAUGAAAAUAGGGAGCCGAGAGACUGCUUUCACCUACGCUGUAAGUGCUGCUGGGGUGGUGAACGCGAUCAGCCGGGCUUGCCGUGAAGGAGAGCUCUCCAGCUGUGGCUGCAGCCGGACGGCCCGGCCCAAGGACUUGCCCCGAGACUGGCUGUGGGGCGGCUGCGGGGAUAACGUGGAGUAUGGAUAUCGUUUUGCCAAGGAGUUUGUGGAUGCCAAGGAGAGGGAGAAGAACUACGUGAGAGGUUCAGACGAGCAGGCUCGCAUGCUGAUGAACUUGCAGAACAACGAGGCUGGUCGCAGGGCCGUGUACAAGCUGGCGGACGUGGCCUGCAAGUGCCAUGGUGUGUCGGGCUCCUGCAGCCUCAAGACCUGCUGGCUGCAGCUGGCUGACUUCCGCAAGGUGGGCGACCUGCUGAAGGAGAAGUACGACAGCGCCGCUGCCAUGAGGAUCAGCCGCAAGGGCAAGCUGGAGCUGGUGAACAACCGUUUCAACAUGCCGACACAAGAGGACCUGGUCUACGUCGAUCCCAGCCCGGACUAUUGCCUGCGCAAUGAGACCACUGGCUCGCUGGGCACUCAGGGCCGACUGUGCAACAAGACCUCAGAGGGCAUGGAUGGGUGUGAGCUGAUGUGCUGCGGACGGGGUUAUGACCAGUUCAAGAGCGUCCAGGUGGAGCGUUGCCACUGCAAGUUCCAUUGGUGCUGUUACGUCAAGUGUAAAAAGUGCACAGAGAUCGUCGACCAGUACGUCUGUAAAUGAAAAGAGCCACCAAAGCAACAAAUCUAUAUUAUAUAAAUCUAUAUAAAUAUAUUUUAUAUUUGUAUAAAUAAACAGAUGAUGAUAAUAAUUAAAGAAGCUUAUUUA